GUUGUAGUCUUAUUCAAAGGAUUGUUGUAAGUUGUCGCCGUUGUCGACAGCCUUUUUUUUUGCAAAUUUCUAGUUCUAGUAAAUACAAAAAAAGUUAAUUUGUUUAUAUGGUUUGCGUUUUUUUAGUUAAAAACACCAACGUAUUUGAAUAAUGGCAUCAAAUACUUCCCCGUCCAUCGAUUUGAGUUCUUACCGUGAUCAACAUUUCAAAGGUACACGAGCUGAGCAGGACAAAUUAUUAAGGCUCUCCACUACACUCUAUGUAGGGAACUUAUCGUUCUUUACAACCGAAGAACAAAUUUAUGAACUAUUUUCAAAGUGUGGAGAUAUAAGAAGGAUUAUUAUGGGUUUGGAUAAAUAUAAAAAAACUCCUUGUGGUUUUUGUUUUGUAGAAUAUUACACUAGGCCUGAUGCUGAAAAUUGUUUAAGGUAUGUAAAUGGGACACGUCUUGAUGAUAGAAUUGUUAGGACAGAUUGGGAUGCUGGAUUUAUUGAAGGACGUCAAUAUGGUAGAGGAAAAACUGGUGGACAAGUAAGGGAUGAAUACAGAACAGACUAUGAUGCAGGAAGAGGAGGAUAUGGAAAAAUUAUUCAACAAAAAAUCGGUACAGAGGUACCAGCCUUUUUAAGAUGAAUCAGUUUUCCUCAAUUAAAGUAUUGUGUAUGACAGAGUUUUCUUUAAAUCAUAUUAGAUUUAGUGUUUUUCUAAUGUCUAUGUAAAGUUAUAUUUAAGAAUUAUUGAUAAGUAAAUAUGCUAGGAAAAUAAAAUAACUUUUUUCUAAAAA